GAGAUAAUUCAAAUUAAACGCGUCGCGGUCGAAUUUUUAGUUAAGGAAAUGAGCUACCGGUAAAACUGACGGUUUCGUUGAUGAAAAUCGACCUGAAUAGGAAAGUCCUUUUGAGGAGUGGAGUGUCAUCAUGCUUAGCUAUGGCUACAAGAUGCGCUUUUCGCUCUCUUGCAGCUGCAACCACUUGCACAGCACAAGAUGAGUUCGACAAGCAAACAUCCACUACGAAAGUCUUGCGGCUUCUGUCGUUCCCGCAAGAUAAAAUGUUCCAACGAGACUAUCUGCGAAGCUUGCCGUAAGCAGGGUGUCGAUUGUAUCUAUGAUUUCGAACCGUAUCAAGCACCUUCACGAUAUGUAUCUCGGCAACAAACAGAUCGACAAAGUCCUAAUCCAGGUUUAGUCGAGAAAGAUGGAGGGUUACAAGACACAGCGCUGGGCGCCUCAUCCAGCAUCGCAUCGGAACUAGAAGCCAUUUUCAUUGAAAAUUUCUCGGGGCGGAGUAAUAGGACGAAUUCGAAUAACUGGCAGCAGAAGACAUCAACUCUUCGCACGUCGCCAUCCGUCAACCAUUCUGAUCGGAACAUCGGAUCGCAUGCCGCCAAGUAUGCCGGUUUACUCUCCUUACUCACGGAAGACCUAGUUGCAAUGGUCGUAAACAAGCUUGGAAGUCUAGGAUGUGAGGUGGUGGAGAACGGCGGAGCCAGGUUCCUAGCUGAUGGCCUCAAAGAGGAUCGCACAGACGCUAUGUUUGAUUCCAUAACCCCUGGACCAAGCCCCUUGGCAGAAUAUGGAAGCCGGAAGACCACACAGCUCAUUGAUGUUUGGUUCUCAACUCAUCCACUGUCUUUCUUGUUAUCCAAGACGCUGGUUAUGCAUGAGUUGCGAGGCGAAACUGUCGACGAAACCCUCCUAGCGGUAGUCUUGGCUGACGCCAACUUCUUCCUCGACGACGACGCCGCAAGGGCUCGUGGUCAAGUACUUCUUAGCUAUGCCACAGCCAGACUUUCUACGCAAAGAUUCUCUAGAACGCCGGGUUCUCCCACGCUUCAGUCAGGAACUAGGCAAUCCAUCCUACCCCACCCGACCGUUUCCGCAGUCCAGGCUCUGACACUCCUGGGAUGGAACGCGCUUUGCCAAUCUCAGAUCCGCCGGGCGACUUGCUAUAUUGGCCUGGCGAGCCGUUUGGCCACGGAGCUCAAGAAUCAGAAAUGGUCGGCCACCGCUACUGGAGCCGGUAGCCGCAUCAACGGUAUCGACAUUUGCGAAGUUGAAAAAGAGAUGGUAGCUUACCUGUGGUGGAUCAAUUUUAUACUGACUCAAUGGAUAUCCAUGCAAAUAGAUCAGCAGCUUCCCUAUCUUCCCCAAGCCAGCUUAGAAUCAGCAUUCCUUCCCGUUGAUGCUGCAUCGUCGGUCCUGAUUCAACUGGACGAAGCUUCGGACAAUUUAUCUACGGUCCAAAAGCAGAAGGUUGCGCUACUAGACAUAUGGCCCUUAGUACAUAUUUCGUCGGUAAUCGCCUAUAUCUGCGGCCUGUAUCCACAAGACCUCUCAUCAAACGGCCUGCAUGGAGCCGGAUUCUGGCAAGAAGCUCCUGGACGUAUCCACAACGGGUCAAUCCCGCAGAAUCUCGUAUUAAUACAACAGGAAGUUCACCGGGUACUCGUCGAAAGCAUCCACGUGCUGGAUGGUAAGAUUAGCCACGUCCCAUCACAAGCCCUCGUCCUCGCUGUCUAUCACACAAUAGCAAUCCACAUACUGUUCCCAUCUUCGGAGAGAGGUUUUGCGGGAUCGGUUCUUACCGGAGACGUCAUUCACCAGUUUUGUAUUUCCGCAGAAGAGCUCAUCGGAAUCAUCACAUCGACUUAUGAGCAGACAGCUACCAAUCCGUUACUUCGAACACCACCUCAGUUACAUCCAUCCUCGGCGGAGAUAUUCACACUCGCCCUGGACACCUGCGCUCGGGCUAUGUCGGCGAUCAACUCAAGGAGAGGAUCAGUUCAUAACGUCGAAGUAUACACAUUGUAUGAGUCUAGGCUCCGAGUCCUCGCCACCCGGCUAGAUGAACUUGCCCAAGAUCAAUUCUUCGGCCCCGGACCGUCUCUCCGAGCAGUGAGAAGACAUAUUAGGAAUGCAGUGAUGGAGUUUGGGAUCAGCUCACCGGCAACGAAUUAUCAUUGGCAGAGAAGGCCAAGCUCUUCGCUUUCUACGAGCUCGGCCUCAGUGAUGGAACAAGAACACUACGUACAUGGGCCACCAGCGCUUUCACCUCCUCAAUCCAUGGGCACGAGUUUAUCAUCAACUCCAUUAUUGUCGGAUAGCUAUAGGUCGUUUGUUCCUACGGGUUUCCAAUCUACAUCGAUUGACAAUAGCAACAUAAUGGCAACGGCAGGACCUGAAGCUAAUGCUCCAAUGGAACAUCAGUGGUUCCACUAUGUUGGAAAGCAUGAAGACGAUGGCAGCGGAUAUAAAACAACGGGAACGAACAUGCAUGCGGUGCAUAUGAGGGAGGUAGACGAAGCGUCUUGGUAUCAGGAUGAACACAGCAUCAUGGGAUUUGAUAUUCACAACAUGGAGUUAAACGGGCCUGUCAUUUGGCAGAAUUGGGCAGCAACAUCAUAGAGCUGACCUGGAGUUUGGGACCGGAGAAAAGGGGGAGUUUGGGUUAUAGGUGGUUUAGUGCUUUAUCGUGAUACCAAUUGUAUAAAAAAACGCAUAGACGAAUAGGGGUGACGACUGUAUGAGGAAGAAGAUCAUGUAUAAUAGCUAGGAAACAACACAAUCGUUAUAUAGGUAUUCUAAUAAUUAGGCACCUUUUGGCGUGAGUCAACCAAUUUUCGCUGGAAGCGGUGAAUGCCAAGAUGUACCCCUGUUUGACCCCUUUUUCACUAACAAAUUGAGUG